AUGGCCCUCUUCGACUCCAAAGCCACGGCAGGGCGCCCCUCGUCGCCAACGGCAAGCUACACCGACGAUGACUUUCAGCGAAUGGAUCCCAGUGGCGUCAGACGCGGCCUCAAGACUCGCCACCUGAGUAUGAUGGCUCUAGCUGGUAUCAUAGGUCCUGGUAUUCUGGUUGGAACCGGAGGCGCGCUUGCAGCAGGAGGCCCAGCCGCGCUGCUCAUCUCAUUCAGUAUCAUUGGGAUUAUCGCAUUCAGCAUCACGCAGUCUCUGGGCGAAAUGACUACGCUGUAUCCGACAGGCGGAGCCUUUGUCACACUUUCCGAGCGCUUCGUUGACAAGGCUUUUGGAGUCGCAGUCGGCUGGCAGUACUGGCUCGUGUGGGUAUGCGUUCUGGCCAACGAAUACAACGUCGUCUCCUCCAUCAUGGUAUUCUGGGGUCCACAGGUGCCAUUAUGGGGCUACUUUUUGAUCUUCUGGUUUGCCUUUCUAGGCUUCCAGAUGCUCGGCGUCGAGUCGUUUGGAGAAGCAGAGUUUUGGCUGGCGCUUGUCAAGAUUGCCGGUCUCUGUGCUUACUUUGUUUUCGCAAUUGUCUACGCUUCGGGGGGAUUGAUCGGCCAGGACGAAGCACUGGGGUUUCGCUACUGGCACAAUCCAGGUCCAUGGGUCAAUGGAUUUCGCGGAGUAGCUACCGUCUUCGUUUUCGCAUCAACAUUUUACGCUGGCGUGGAAGCUGUCGCUGUUGCAGCGACCGAAACUCGUAAUCCAUCUGUGGCGGUGCCUCUCGCCAUCCGGCAGGUUAUUUGGCGCAUUCUCUUCGUUUACAUUGGAGUUGCCUUCUUUUUUGGACUCACUUGUCCAUCGAAUGCAGACGGUUUGGCGAACGGAAGCAGCCGUGCGUUGAAGAGUCCCAUGACAAUUGCACUUCAAAAUGCCGGCUGGCAAGGAGGAGUCCACCUUAUUAAUGCUUUCAUUUUCGUCACAGUCGUGAGCGCAGCAAACAGCUCCAUAUACAUUGGAUCGCGAACCAUACUCUUCAUGGCGCAGGAGAAAAUGGCGCCAAGGUUUCUGGGCAAGACAAACAGCCGCGGCGUACCCAUCUACGCGAUUAUUUUCACAAACCUGAUUGCAACAAUCUCCAUGAUGAAUGUCAGCACCGGAGGCGGCAAGGCAUAUUCCUACAUUGUCAAUCUGAGCGGCGUCUCUACCUUUCUCGUCUGGGGCGCCAUAUCGUUUACGCACAUCCGCUUCCGAAAAGCGUGGAAAGCUCAGGGCCGGACUCCAGAAAUGCUACCGUUCAAAUCGUUUGCAUACCCCUGGAAUGCAUACUUUGGUCUGUUCGCCAACGUCUUCCUCGCCCUCGUCCAGGGCUGGAGCACCUUGAGCCCGUUCAAUGCCGGCAAUUUCGUCGACGCAUACAUCAUGCUCCCCGUGUUCUUUAUCGUCUUUGUUGGCUACAAGUUGUGGUUCAAGACGCGGUUCUGGAGCAGCGAAGAGAUUGAUCUGGAUUCUGGGAUGAGACGAGACUUGGAUGCCCAGGAUGAGUAUCUGCACGGCGAGCCGAAUAGCGAGCAGCAGGGUAAAGCAAGGUUUCUGAGUAAUCUCUGGCGCAAAAUUUGA